CAGAUCUGGAGUGCAGCACGCAGAGAGAGAGAGAGAGAGAGAGAGAGAGAGAGAGAGAGAGCGCUCCCCGUUCCGGUCCUGCAGCUCCUGCUUCUCUAAAUGCCACCGGACGCCGACGGCUGCCUGGGUCCGGACGGACGGACAGCGGUACCAGUGCGCGGAGGGCUGAUCGGGAACAUGGCGGCGGAAACAACAGCCUGCCGGGCACCUUAGCGACCACAGAGCCUGGGACUGAAGGAGGGAGAGAGAGAGAGAGAGAGAGAGACGGAGGAGCAUCACUUUACACAGAGGUGAUGAGGGAAAACCUGAAGGCAGGAGCCAGUUUCUAAGCAACAACAACAGAAACACAGCGUGCAGUACCACACACCAUGGGCUACAAGAUCCCCGGGGCAGCGAUGGACAGAGUCAGCCUGUUGUGGCGUCUGAGGCGUCGGGCUCGCCGUGGAGCACUCUGCAUGGCGUUCUUCUGCGUCUCUAUGGCUCUGCUCUAUGCUCUGUGUGCUGAAAACAGCGUGCCUGUCACUGAUGCCAUCUUCGGUGUCCGGGCCCGGACCAGGGCUCAGCCCCGUGCACACUCUGCCAUCAAGGUGCUGCGAGGUGGAGCCAAACCCAUGUAUAUCGACCCUCAAAAGCUCCCGGGUGUCAUCCCAGGUGACCCUAAUCGUCCAAUCCCUGUCCUCUCCUCUCCAAACCACACCCACGAGGACUUGACAUCAAAGUGGAGGUCGAGAGAUCGUGAUUCCACAGGGUUCUUCACUCGCCUGCUGCCUCGUCCCUUCACCCGUGCCCUGGAGACGCUGUUUGGAGGCCGGCGGAGGGGGGAGCUGAGUGGCAAAGGGGGGGAUGCAGAGUUUUUUGGACCUCAUGGGAUUCUGGGAGAGGUGUGGGAUGAUGAGAUGUCCAGCAGCAUGCUGGGAAAUAGACUGAAGAAAGUGGUACAGAAUUAUCAGGCGACAAAUAAGUACGGAGUGAAGAUCUCAGGCCCUGGUGGUGUUCCCAGCAGACCAAAGCUCAGUGCUCAAGCGCUUCUCUGUCAAUUUAAAGACAAGGUAGAGCUCAUGACUUUGACUCCUGACCUACAGCCCUUUGCAUCUCUGCCUUGGGCCUCCCAGCUGCCGCCGAAGCCCUUGACCUCUGACCUCGGACCAUACAAGACGUGUGCCGUGGUGUCAUCAGCAGGGUCUCUCCGCAACUCUGGACUUGGCAAAGAGAUCGAUUCACAUGAUGCUGUGAUGCGGUUUAACGCUGCACCAACAGGCAGCUAUGAGAAAGAUGUCGGCAGUAAAACGACCAUCCGUCUCAUCAACUCACAGGUGAUGGCGUCUGAUGACCAUCGUUUUCUGUCCAGUUCUCUGUACAGCUCAGGCAUCCUGGUGGCCUGGGACCCUGCCCCCUUCUCUGCUGACCUGUCACAGUGGUACAACAGGACAGAUUACCCCAUCUUCACCCAGUACCAGAGGUACAGAAGGCUUCAUCCCCUGCAGCCUUUCUACAUCCUGCACCCACGCUUUCUGUGGCAAGUGUGGCAACGAAUUCAGGACAACAUGGCUGAACCCAUCCAGAAGAACCCACCCUCCUCUGGACUGCUCGGCACGGUCCUUAUGAUGUCACUUUGCGAGGUGGUUCACAUUUACGAGUUCCUGCCGUCCCGUAGGAAGACGGAGCUUUGCCAUUACUACCAGCGUUUCUAUGACGCCGCCUGCACGCUCGGGGCCUACCACCCCCUGCUCUACGAGAAGAACCUGGUCAAACGCAUGAACCAGGGGCCUGACCGCGACAUCUACGUCCAUGGACGCGUCAAGCUGCCUGGGCUCAGCAUGAUAAACUGUACCCAGGCCUCUGGAGGUGGCCCUGAGCACUGACUGCAGGGACCACAAAGGCCGGCAGUGAAGCAAAGCACACAAACACAUACAAAGACACACACAGUAUAAAGCAGAAUGUGAACCCUGCAUGAAGAACACACAACAAAAACUAAAUGAGGACACACACAUGAAAAGUUCAUACUCACUGCCAUACAAAAGCAUAGCUGUGCCACUCACUAUAAAUAUUACAUGUUGUUACCACAGGCUAUGGUAAAUGUACCACACAAACACACACACACUGGAUCCAAUCAGCUGAUAGACAUGCCUGCUGUACACACAUACAUACAUACAUACAUAUCCUUAAAAGGACAUUCCAUGAUAUUAAUUUCUUUACUAAAUGAACCCAAAUCAUUACCGUUAAAGGACCAUACUGUUGCUUUUUGAAGUAAUAAUUGGUGCCAAGCAUUUUCUACAGAGCAUACUGUGAAAAAAUAGGAUCUGCAGAAAAAUUAGCAUUCAAAGAAAACCCUGCGUAAUAUUUGGUUUAAAUGUCCAGAUGUUUUAAGACUGAUAGUAUGAGUUCUGUUUGGAAUAACACUACAGAGAAGGAAAAUUAACUUCUAUGAAAGAAGAGUAAAAAUCACACACACACACUAUAUAUAUAUAUAUAUAUAUAUGCAGAAGAAAAAAAUAUGCAGAAGAAAAAAAAACAUCCCUUCAAGCUGAAGAACGGCAACAGAAUGCUCCACUUCUUCUGCUCUGUUUGUUACAGUUAGGUGUUAAUGUGACCUGUAGCAAAACCCUCUGACAGCACUGUGCAGCCUCGAAAACCAUUUAAUUCACAUUUUUUAUUGGAAACACAUCUAUUGUUGACAAAUCUCUGUGCUUCUUAUUGUUAAUAAGUCACUUUAAAAUCUAUUUUGGUUUUUAAUUGAAAUUUUCUGAAUUAUCACCAGCUUUAUCUUUUAAGCCAAUGUUUUUUAUGUCAACUUGAGAGACUGUUUCCUUGAAACUAUGGCAAAAAAUGUUUGAAAAAAUUAUAAAUUUAGAUGUUGUAUGUCCCGAACAUUAAAUAAUAAAAAAAAAACAACAGUAUGGUCAUUCAGAUGGUUCUACAUGCACGCUAACAAAAGCCAUCACAGGAGAAUGAACUAGUGUGUUCCCUUACUUUACAGACCAUGGAAAAACAAGGCCUGUAACCUUUCAAAUCUGUGUUUAUACUGUAAUGUAUUAGCUGUUCCAUUUACAUUUUUAGCAUACUUUCUGUUUUGGCAUGCUAAAUCCCUGUUUGACUGCCAAUACCAUGAUACUAUUAUUAGAGCGAGGACCAAUCUGAUUCAGUGCUUUUCAUCAACAUUGGUUGAAAUUGGACUCUAGGUCUUUUAUAACUGAAUUCAGUGGAAGUCAAUGUUCAAUGUUCAGUGCAAGAAAUGUUUCGUCAAUGUAGCACAAUGUGCAACAACACUAAUGCAGUUCUCAAUUUUCUAAGCUCCAAUCCAUUUUUUUAGAAAGUCAAAAUGCUGUUCAAGUUUUAAAAUUAUUUUGCUGAAAGUAAUGGCUCCUAUUCCACAUGGGGAAAGGGAUAAAGAUGUCAGAAAAGCCCAUCAUUUAUAUACAUAUAUGUACUGUAAAAUGACAAUACAGCUGCUUUGCUUUGGUUUUCACAUCAGGUUAAGUGGCUUAAGUUUGGAUUUUGUCUAGUUUUUAGGGUUUGGAAAAGACUUCUCCAGGCAGCUGGCAGUGUAGACUGGCACUCUUAAAACUAGCAGUGUGUUCUGCUCCAAACUGCAUUUGGUGUGAUUUCAAUCCUCACUUUAUUAAGAGUGAGAGCACAGUGACUUCAUCAGUAGCAUUGCACUUAGUUGCAUGACAGAGUGACAGAAAUAGCCGCAUACAGAAUGAAAAUGGAGAAGCAAGUGUCAAGUGUCACAUUCUUCGUUCUCAUGUCCACAGAGGAACACUGAAUGAACACUGUCCACCUUUUGUCACUUUGGAAAAAGUUGGAGAAAUGGUUUGGUGGUGUUAAAUAGUGUCCACAUGAUCUGAAAAAGCCGGCGAGUCACAGUAGAGACAGAUGUGAUUCACCAUUUGGACAAAACAAGAGGUAAAGCUCUUCGUAUUGAGGAAACUGUACAACAGCUGUGUGGUUUUUAAAGGUUUCCUGGACAGAGGGCGGGGCUUUCUUUGUGUUGGGCUGCGCUAUGCAUGACUCAGUACAUCUAAUGCACAGACACAUGAAACUGAGGUCUGUCCCCUCCUCUUUUCUUGACUCUUGAGAUUUCCCAAAAUGCAGGUGUGUUUCUUUCUGAAACCCUUGAGUGUUAUACAGAGACGCAGCUGCCCUCGUCAUGAUCACUGACCCUGCAUGACUGCCCGUCCACUGCCUCCACAGAACUGUACCAUGGCCUCCUCACACAUGCAUCUGCACACGUCUUCAAACAUAGAAGAAAAUACUGCCCGUGGGUGAGUCCUAACCUCGUAUCUAUCUUACCAGUGAUCCAACAAAGUGUCAGUCCAGUAAAAUACCUAAAGUAAACCAACAGCCAGCAGGUUAUUUUGUAUCCACAUUAUCCAACCUGUAGCAACCUAUUCCUAAUAAUCUUUUUAUAAUUCUUAUAUCUUGUAUAUAUUACAGCAGUAAUGCCCAGGAAGGCUGCCUUUAGUGAGAUUGUGAGACUCAGCAAUGCAAAGCACGACUAACUAAACUGUUUUCUGGAUUUGCUGCUACAAAAUUAACCAAGAUUUGAAGUAGUUUCAUGUUAAGGUAUGUGCCGGAUACUUCCUACCGUGACCUGGCUGAUUCCAAAUGCCCACCCUCCACACUUACGAACUAAGCCCUCAGGGAUUUCAGUCUUAUGUCAUUAAGUGUGUGAGGGUAAUGACCUGCUGGGAUUGUGUGCGUUCUAUGAGUUAUUACACGAACCCUCACCUGUUUUUAUAGGAUUCUAUAAGUCUAAGGGCUUCAG